CCGGAGGCUGCCGAGAUGUGGGGCAGCUCCUGUGGUGUCUGGAAGAGGAGGUUCAGUGGCUAUGGUCCCUGGGAGGCUGCGGAGAGCUGCGUGGUUGGCACCUCUGCCAGCACCUACCGCCGGCUGCAGGAGAGCCCGGAGCAGCCCCGGGGGGCGGCGCUGAGCAGCUGGGGACCCCCCCCGCGGGCAGCCCUGUCCUCCAGCCGCCCUCCGGCAAGCGAGCACCUGCCCAGGUGCGAGUCGGAGGACUCCGGGGUGGAGAUGCCCAGCAACGAGCCCUCGCCCCUCACCCCCCUGGGCACCCACGGCAGCUUCUCCCUCCCCAGAAAACCUCCCCCCGUGGGUGGUCCUGGCACAGACCCCCCCCGGCCCCAGCACAGCCGCUCGGCCAGCAAGAAACUGGCGCAGGCUGCGCAGCGGAGCAGGAGGCAGCGGGCACCGGGGCGAUGCCCGCGGCAGCUUGGCAGGCACAGCGGCGGCGCGGCCAGCCUGUGGGCACAGCUGGCACGGGAAUCCCGGGAGCAAGAGGAGCCCAAGGUGGAAAAUCCUGAUGGAGAGGCUGUGCCCGCGGUGAUGCUGCCAGUGCCAGGGCAGGGCCUGCAGUACCUGGAACACGUCUGCCAGCUGCUGGAGCACCUGGCACGGCUGCAGCAGGACAACCUUCUGCUGAGGCAGCAGGUGGCACAGGCUGGGCACAGCCACCCUGACACUACGCCCACCCAGCCCCCAGGCUGGAGGGGGCAGCGGUUCCGGCCACGCUCCUGCUCCGACAGCCAGACCCCAGGACGGGCGCUGGGGCAGGGUGAAGCUGCUGCUCACUCGCCUCGCACACCGCUCGCUGCGGGGGGGGCGCUGCAGGUAGGGGCUGGGGGCACCUUCCCCAGACCCCUACCCACCCCCUUCCCCCCCCUCGGAUGGAUGAAGAACGCUGCACCUGUUACGUCACACCCCACCCGAUGACGUCACGCCUGCCCGGUGCCCUGCUCGGUGCCACUCAUUCACCCUGCCCCCCCCCCCCCCCCCCAGCACAUCCUCAUUUUUGCACCCAAUAAAGACUUGGCACCACCAGAGCUGAGGUUAGCUGAGGUCAGGGGCAGCCGCCUGCUGACGUCACUCCUCUCGCACCCCUGGGUGACGUCACCGCAUCGCUGCCCAUGGCUUUGCCCCUCCCCC